UUGCAUUCAAAUUCGAUUCGAACGUGGAGUUGUGUAGAACAAUAUUUUGUUGCAGCGGUGUGACGGUUUUUAUUAUUUAGUGUAAUACACAUAUUGUGCUAUAAGAAUUCUUCAAGAUAUUAUAGAAAUCCAUUUUUUAAGGAAAAAAUAAUUAUACACAUGCUUGGGUUGGGUUCUUUACCCUAAAUAAAUAUCGGUGCGCGAGUGCUGUAAAUUGUGCUGGUGUGUCAAGCUAGUGCUCCGCUGGGCAGCAGAAGUAAAUUUCACUGCCAACAGCUCAAAGAAAUUUGUUAAAAAGUGGUUAUCAGGUGGACGCCUAACAAGUGCAAAAUUUGUUUCAUGCAUUCACCAAUGUACUAAAUGAAUUCUAGCUGAAAUCUCUAUAUUUAAUUAUAUUAUACAAUAAUGAAUGCCUUUGAUUUGACGAGAGCGCUGCUUUGUUGUGGAAUUUUUUUCAUAAGCUGCAACAUACGGAAUGUUACUGCAGAUUCCUACAAUGACUACUUCUCUGAUUACGAUUGUAAUCAACCACUUAUGGAGCAUGCUGUUCUAACGGCCACUUCAUCUUUGAACGAUAGAGGUCCGGAAAAGGCGCGCCUUAAUGGCGACUCCGCUUGGACACCGAUCGAGAAUACUUACAAUCACUUUCUAACACUCGAUCUGGGUGAAGCACGCAAGACACGCAAAAUCGCCACAAUGGGCCGUAAGCAUACGCAAGAAUUUGUUACCGAGUAUAUUGUGCAGUAUUCGGAUGAUGGCGAAUACUGGCGCUCGUAUGUGAAUCCAUCGAAUGAGCCGCAGAUGUUCAAGGGUAACUCCGAUGGCAAUUCCAUACACUACAAUGUGUUCGAGGUGCCCAUAAUUGCGCAGUGGGUGCGCAUCAAUCCAACACGCUGGCACGAUCGCAUUUCAAUGCGUGUGGAACUCUACGGUUGCGAUUAUGUUGCGGAGAACCUGUACUUCAACGGCACCGGCCUAGUCACCUACGAUCUGCAGUAUGAGCCAGUAGCGUCCACACGUGAAUCCAUACGUUUCCGUUUCAAAACCGCUUUCGCCAAUGGUCUGCUUAUGUACUCACGUGGCACACAGGGCGACUAUUUCGCUUUGCAGCUGAAGGAUAAUAAAAUGAUAUUGAAUCUGGAUUUGGGCAGCAGUUUGAUGACUUCGCUCUCUGUGGGCAGUCUGUUGGACGACAAUGUGUGGCACGAUGUGGUGAUUUCGCGCAACCGCCGUGACAUUAUAUUCUCGGUGGAUCGUGUCAUAGUACGUGGCCGCAUUAAGGGCGAAUUCACGCGCCUGAAUUUGAAUCGUGCGCUCUACCUCGGUGGUGUACCCAAUAUUCAAGAAGGCAUUAUUGUAACGCAAAAUUUCACCGGCUGCAUGGAAAAUAUAUUCAUUAAUUCGACGAAUUUCGUACGCGCGAUGAAGGACAGUUUCGAAUAUGGCGACGCGUACCGUUAUACAAAAUACCACACCGUUUACGCCUGCCCCUCGCCACCCAUUUACCCGGUUACGUUCACCACACGCGGCUCCUAUGUACGCAUCAAGGGCUAUGAAGCGCAAAGCACAAUGAAUGUUUCCUUCUUUUUCCGCACUUACGAAGAUAGAGGCAUAAUGCUGCAUCAUGAUUUCGCCUCGGGCGGCUAUGUGCGUGUGUUCUUGGAAUUUGGCAAGGUGAAAAUCGAUAUGAAACUGGCGGAUAAGCCACGCAUCAUACUGGACAACUACGAUGAACAAUUCAACGACGGCAAAUGGCAUUCGUUUGUGUUGACAAUGGGGCGUAAUCGUUUGGUGCUUGACAUCGACCAACGGCCGAUGACCACCACGAAGAACAUACAAAUAUCGACGGGCAAAGUUUACUACAUAGCUGGCGGUGUGGAUAAGAAUGGUUUUGUGGGUUGCAUGCGUAUGAUAUUGGUUGAUGGCAAUUAUAAGUUACCCAAGGAUUGGGUGCAGGGCGAAGAGGUGUGUUGCGGUGACGAGGUGGUAGUGGACGCCUGCCAAAUGAUUGAUCGUUGCAAUCCAAAUCCAUGCCAGCACAGUGGCGUUUGCCACCAGAAUUCGAUGGAGUUCUUCUGCGACUGUGCCAACACAGGCUAUGCGGGCGCUGUGUGUCAUACAUCUAACAAUCCACUAUCGUGCCAGGCCUACAAGAAUGUGGGUCACGUGAAUCAGCGCGUUAAUUUGAAGAUUGAUGUUGACGGCAGUGGUCCGUUGGAACCCUUCCCCGUUACUUGCGAGUUCUAUUCCGAUGGUCGCGUCAUUACUACACUCAGUCAUAGUCAAGAGCACACAACCACUGUGGAUGGCUUCCAAGAGCCAGGCUCAUUCGAACAGAAUAUCAUGUAUGAUGCCAAUAUGCUGCAAAUCGAGGCGCUGCUGAAUCGCUCACACACCUGCUGGCAACGUUUGAGCUACUCAUGCCGUUCAUCGCGUCUCUUCAAUUCGCCAUCUGAAGCGGGCAAUUUCCGUCCCUUCUCUUGGUGGGUUUCGCGCCACAAUCAACCCAUGGACUAUUGGGCUGGCGCACUGCCCGGUUCGCGUAAAUGUGAGUGCGGCAUUUUGGGCAAAUGUCACGAUCCAACAAAGUGGUGCAACUGCGAUUCAAAUAGUCUCGAAUGGACUGAGGAUGGCGGCGACAUACGUGAAAAGGAACAUUUGCCGGUGCGCGCGGUGAAAUUCGGCGACACUGGCACACCGCUCGACGAGAAACAAGGUCGUUACACUUUGGGUUCGCUGCGUUGCGAAGGCGAUGAUCUCUUCACCAAUGUGGUGACAUUCCGCAUUGCCGAUGCCACCAUUAAUUUGCCACCAUUCGAUAUGGGUCAUUCGGGUGAUAUUUACUUGGAGUUCAAGACGACACAAGAAAACGCUGUACUCUUCCAUGCAACUGGACCGACUGAUUAUAUCAAAUUGAGCAUAAACGGUGGCAACAAAUUGCAGUUCCAAUAUCAAGCGGGCAGCGGACCUCUUGGCGUCAAUGUCGGCACAAGCUAUCAUUUGAACGACAAUCAGUGGCACACAGUGAGCGUGGAGCGCAAUCGCAAGGAAGCGCGUCUCGUCGUUGAUGGCUCCAUCAAAGCGGAGGUGCGUGAGCCACCUGGUCCCGUACGCGCCUUACAUCUCACUUCCGAUUUGGUAAUUGGCGCCACGACCGAGUAUCGUGACGGCUAUGUGGGUUGCAUACGCGCUUUGUUGCUCAACGGUAAAAUGGUGGAUCUGAAACAGUAUGCCCUGCGUGGUCUGUAUGGCGUGAGCGCCGACUGUGUGGGCCGUUGCGAGUCCAGUCCCUGUCUAAAUAAUGGCACGUGUAUCGAACGUUACGAUGGCUACUCGUGCGACUGCCGUUGGAGCGCAUUCAAGGGCCCAAUAUGUGCUGAUGAAAUUGGCGUCAACUUGCGUACAAGCUCUAUUAUACGCUAUGAGUUUGAGGGCUCCUUCCGUUCGACGAUUGCUGAAAAUAUACGCGUUGGAUUUACAACAACAAUACCCAAAGGUUUUCUUCUCGGUUUGUCGUCAAAUUUGACUGGUGAAUAUUUGACAAUACAAAUAUCGAAUUCAGGUCAUUUGCGUUGUGUUUUCGAUUUCGGCUUUGAGCGUCAGGAGAUUAUUUUCCCCAAGAAACAUUUCGGUUUGGGUCAAUACCACGAUGUGCGGUUCUCACGUAAAAAUGGCGGCUCCACGGUGGUGCUCACAGUGGACAACUACGAGCCAGUCGAAUAUAAUUUCGAUAUAAAAGCCAGCGCGGAUGCGCAAUUCAACAACAUACAAUACAUGUAUAUAGGCAAAAAUGAGUCGAUGACAGACGGUUUUGUGGGUUGUGUGUCACGUGUGCAAUUCGAUGAUAUCUACCCGCUGAAACUGAUGUUCCAACAGAAUCCACCAGCAAACGUCAAAUCACUGGGCACUCAAUUGACUGAAGACUUUUGCGGCGUGGAACCCGUUACACAUCCGCCCAUUGAAAUCGAAACGCGUCCACCACCACUUGUCGAUGAGGAUAAAUUGCGUAAGGCGUAUGGCGGCUUCUCUAUUAUACUAGGCUUCAUUUUGGUUAUACUGCUGCUGCUAUUGCUGCUCAUGAUCUUCUUAAUUGGCCGUUACCUGCACCGCCAUAAAGGCGAUUAUCUGACGCACGAAGAUGAGGGCGCCAACAACGCCGAUGACCCGGACGAGGCCGUGUUGCACUCGAGAACAGGCCAUCAAGUGACAAAACGGAAAGAGUGGUUCAUAUAGUUCGGCAUGCAGCACAUAGGCAAUUGGAGCACGUAGUCGACGCGGUAGCUACAACUCUACACAGCCUGCUGCAACCUUGCAAUCACAACUAUACAACGCACGUAAGCGUACGCACCCACACACACACAAACUGACACGUAUGAAAAAGAGAAACUGUUUAAUGUGGUUUUCAAAAGCAAAUCGAUGAAUUAGCAUAGCGUAAAAUGUAUUUUACACAUAAUAAUUAUGUAAUUAUAUUAAGCAUGACAUGACAAACGACGACGCAGACGUUUAGCCAUAGAGAAGUAUAACGGAAUGCGUGUGAAAAUUGAAAACGAAAGUAAGUAGUUGUAGCAGUUCAUAAAAAAAACUUUGGCUGAAACAAAAGUAAUAUUCUUUAAGUGAAUAGAGACUCUUUUAACGGUACACGAAAAUCAAUAUAUGACGAUCAAAAGUAAAUCACAGUAAAUUAAGCGAAAUUAAAGUGUAAACAAUUCUUAUUGGACGUUGCGUGUCACACUGCCAAUUUUAAAAAUAAGCAAAGACCAGUUGGAAGUGGUUCAACUCGCAGCAGGAUCUUAGACGUCGCGGCAUUCCUAAAAAGUCAAGUGUACUUAUCUACACAAAGUGAAACAAAAAACAAAAGGCAUACACCAUAUACAAAUAUUGCCAAAAAUGUAGACCCACUUACUUUUGCUUCCAACUGGAUGUUUGAAUAAUAAAUUUUUUGUCGUAAUUUGUUUUGCUGAAUUUUUUGUAUUAUGCUCGCUUGCUAACUUUUAGUUCGUCGUUUGGUUUUAUGUUCACAUCGUAUUUCUUAAUGUUUUUUUUUUACAAAAUAACCUUUUAUAGGUUAGUUUUUGAAAAAAAAACUCAAAAUAUAGGCAUCUCUCAAAAGUAAAUUUAUACCGUCCAUUUUCUUUAUUUUAAGUUUUUUAGUAAUCUAAUUUUUUAAAUUUAAUUUGCGUGAAAAAAAUAUUAUUAAGCAAACAACAACAACAAGUUAAGUUGACGUACCGAAUCUCUACAGUUUUUAUAUGUAAGCGCUUUGAAUUUUUUUAUAUUUGUUUAUUAAUGCUUUCGCUGUUAUAUGAAGGCUUUUGUGCUUUAAGUAAGAAAUUUAAUUUCACAAAUGUCUUUUAAGUAAUAAAAUUAUUAGCUUGCGCUUUUCCACUUUUUCCGGAUGACUUUGCAGUGUGUGUUGUAAAAUUAGUACUGUCAUUUAUAACGGCAAUUUAUGAAACGCAUUAAAUAACGCAUUUGAUUUGAAUUGUUGUUAUACCCAUACAUUCCAUUAAAUCCUAAACAACUUUCACAUCGACAUGAGUUCUAAGUAUUCAUACAUACUUAAAAAAUUAUCCUUACAUUUUACGAUGAAGAAAAAACGAAGUCAUGAAUUUUUUUCAAAUGUAUUUUUUAAUUAUUUUUUUUAAAUGUAUUUUUUAAAUUUUUUUUCGAGUGUACUUUACAACUUAACAAAUACAUAAUUAAAUUUUUUUUUUUCAAAUAUAUAAAUUUUUUUUUUCAAAUGUAUUUUUAAAAAUUUUUUUCAAAUGUAUUUUUUAAUUUUUUUUUGAAUGUACUUUACAACUUAACAAACAAAUAUAUAUUUUUUUUUUCAAAUAUAUUUAAUUUUUUUUUUUUCAAAAGUAUUUUAAAAAAUUUUUUUCAAAUGUAUUUAAAUUUUUUUUUUCAAAAUAUUUUUUCAAAAUUAUUUUAAAUGUAGUUUUUCAAAUUUAUUUUUAAUUUUUUUUCAAAAUAUAUUUUUUAAAAAUUUUUAAUCAUUAUAUAGAAAAUAUCUGUAUUCGCGUUGUGUCUAGGAAAGAGAAAUAAAUUGUGAAUCAAAAAAUUUAAAUGGCAACACUAAUAUAAUUACUUGUACAAAAUUUUUAAAAAUGUAAAAUAACACAAAAAUAAAAAACAACAUUGAUAAUUGUGCGCCUAAUUAUUUGGAAUAAAUAUAUAUUACUACUCUUACAAAAUAUUUUGUAAAAACUUGUAAUCUGAAAUUGCUGGGGUUCCAAACAAAUUGUGUAAAUUGUCUAUAAAAUUUGAUUUGAAACAAUAAAAUAAUUAAGCCUAAAAAACUAUUAUGAAAUUCAGCUAUGCAUUUAGGCACAAAAAAUAAGUUGUAAAAAAAUUACAACGUACAUAUGAAGUAACAACAACGUAUUAGAAGUAUGCAUAUGUUCAUAGAUCAUACUAAGUUAUGAAAUAGUUAUUAAUUUUUAAUAAAUUUUCAUUAAUACACACACAAUAAA